AUGCAGGCGAUCUUCGUCGCGGACGACGUGAACGAGAUCAUCAAAGAGUCCAUCGACGCGGUGUUACAGAACGCGGCGUACUCGCACGCGAAGGUUGGUCAGUGGACGAGCAGCGCGGUGGAGACGACGCUGCGACGACUCACCGCGCUGAAGAAGCCGUUCAAGUACGUGGUGACGUGCGUCAUCAUGCAGAAGAACGGCGCGGGGUUGCACACGGCGUCGUCGUGCUACUGGGAUAACGAGACCGACGGUGCCCGCACGGUGCGGUGGGAGAACAAGUCGAUGUACUGCAUAGUCACCGUGUUCGGACUCGCGGUGUAG